UGUGACAAACAAUUGCAAUCAAUUUAAUUGCAUUAUCUUAUUGCCACAUGUAAAAUUGGAGCCCACAAGUCUCUCUACCUUUUGGCUUUUACCACAGAUGACAUGCGGCUCUUGUUCACUGCCUGUGCAAGAACUCCGGGAAAGAGAUGCUUGGGCGUCCCCCGUUCUCUUAAAUUUCCCUCUCUGUAAUAAGAGAUGCAGAAAAAAGGAUGGACAUUUGUGGAGAAACGCAACGCUGAAGAAAAUGAUGGCACACCCUCAAUCACGUACUGGAGCAAUGGCUCCAAUUGCAGUCAGGCACAGACAUGGUAACGGCCCUAGAACUCCAACCAGCCCAACCGUGGAAGAACUUCUACGAGCUGAGGAAGUAUCUAGGUGGUCACCACACUCCUCACCAACUUUUUGGAAGGACCAUGACCUGGAGUAUGAUCAAUCCCCCAUUCACAAGAAAUCAGUUAUUGCUAAAGUGAAGGAGAAGGCCAAGAAAUGGCGAAGCAAUCUCAUAAAAAAGAAGCAUAGUGAUGACAGUAACACCACUCCUCCAUGGGGUGUUAGCCUGGAUAAUGAUGAAGCUGAAGAAGAUACUGAAUAUCUUGGAGCACCAAUGUACGAAUCAGAGAUGGCUCCUGAGGGGUACACGGAGGCAGCUAGACAGCAUCCAAGAGCAGUUCCUGUGAUACCAGAGAAGCAUCUUUUGCCUAGUAGUGUGACCUGUGCUGAAGACAAGCCAGUAACUGAAACCGUGAACGGGAAACGAGAAAAUGAGAACUUUUCCAAGACAUUAUCCGAAAUUAUGGCAGAGAAGCUGGCACCAGCAUGUGCCACAGUAUCUGAUGCCACCCAUGCCAUAACUUCCAAGAUUCAUAGCCUUGCUAAUUCAACCCCUGAAGCAUCAGAUGCAGCAGGAUUAGACCCUGUGGGCGAAGGCAAAGCAUCAUCAUCUGUAGCAGUACCAACCAAAGGAGCACCAGACCAAGUUGCAUCAGAUCCAGCCCGAGCCCCAACAGAUGCAGCAUCUGGUUACCAUUUCAGAACCGGGGAGCAAAAAUGGGAUAAAGGAGUUUCAGUGAAGGAGUAUAUAAUCCACAAAUUUGAGCCAGGAGAAGAUGACAGAGCACUUUCUCAAGUGAUAUCUCAAGCAAUAAGUCCAAGAAAAGCUUCUGGUGAUAUGAGUAUGGUGGAUAAGGUGAAAGAUGCUGUCAACUCUCUUCUUCGGGGCUCAGAGUCCCCCCAACCUACAGUUUACCAUUCAGCUAAGAACUCAUCCUCAAAUAUCCCCAUCUCAAUCGAUGCUCAUGAAGGUAACUUAAUUUUUCCUUCAUUCUCUAGUAGUGCAAUUAAUUAG